AUGGCUGCUCCUAACUUCCGUAGCGCAUCGGUUUCAGCUCCCCAGACCCGCCAGGUCUCCCCUCCGCCUAGCAGGUUCGGCGCACCUUGCGCUCCGCCCUUGCGCCAAAACUCGCUCGACAGUUUCCGCGCAAAGGUCAAGCCGCUCGUGAUCGCGCGCCCCGCCACCGCUGACGAGGCGCCCGGCGAGCGUCAUCCGCUGGAGAUCUGGGAGAUUAACUACGACGACAUUUUCCCCAACUCCGCGCGCCUCGCGAAGGAGUUCGCCGAGAAGUCACUCGUGCUGUCCAGCCCGCCCGUGCCCAGCGCCGCAUCACCCGCCGCAUCAUCCGUCGUACCAUCCACCGCAGCUUCCGCCGCGGCUUGCGUUUCCGCUGCGCGGACAGCGCCCCAGCAGCUCACUCCCCGCGAUCGCGUUUCUGAGGCGCUCCCGUCACUGUCCCCCGACGUCGACAAUUCCAGCCCGCUUUCCGAACUCGCGUCCCCGCAAUCUCCCCCCAGCAUUACCAUCCCCGCGCGCGCGCUCGACGAUUUCACCUCCCCCCCGUCGUUCCCCCAGUUGCGCGCGCACAUGCUCGGUUGCAAGCUCGGCACGCCGUGCGUCGUGUCUCUCGCGCGCACGCCCGGCGAUCCCGGCGCGUGGGACGCCGACGACGAGGAGUACGAGUCGGAAGAGAGCACCCGGCGGCGGUUCCGCCGCUCCGGUAGCACUGGCGGAAGCCGCCACUGGGUUGGCGAAAAGUUGGGGGCAUGCGCGGAAGGCGGAAGCCGCAAAGAGCGCGCGCGGGGGCCGUCUCCGCUGUCCGGCCGGGUUGUGGCGGGGAGUGGCGCGGGAGGGGCGGGCGGGAGUCCGCAGCACCACGGUACGGGAAGGGUACUCAUUAAGCGCUGCUCCGAUCCCGUUAUGAGGAGUCCCAGAGAGGUGCCGAAUCACGGGUCCCGGCUGCAGCAGGUUCGGGAUGCCGAACCUGAGACUCGUCACCGGCUGGCUCGGACAAGCAGCAGAGGCUCGGAAACAUCGGCGCGCAGCUCCUCCGCCGGCCGGCGACGGCGGUCGUGCGGGCGGUUUGGCGAGUCCCGAAGCGUAGGCUCGGAGAAGGUUCGCAUGACGGUGCAGUUUUACUCCGAUCUCCUCGAUCCCUGCGUGAUUGGCGCGCUCGCUGCGCCUUGCGCCACUGCCGCGAGUUCCGCGCAGCGGGAUCAUAAGUCCCCCAUCCGCGGAACCCAGAGCGGAGGAGAGGGGGAAGGGAAGCGCCGCGCGGGCGGAAAUAGCGGGGGAAGCAGUGGGCGCGCGGCUGGCGGAAGAGUGCAGAGCCCUCUUUGCGGAAGGGGUUCCCGCGGAGGGAACUCCCUCCCACCACCAUCCCCUCGGCAGCAACAACCUCCUUCUCAAAGCACCCACCCCUCUGCCAACCAAAAUCGCCCCUCCUCUGCUCCUCCAUUCACCUGGUAA